UCGAGUAUAAUCGUUCUUUUUGCUCAUUGGUUUUUUCGGCACCUCUGCAAUGCUCGGCUCUUCUUCACUCUGCCUAACCCUUUUGCCCGACCGAGGCAGCAGGCACAGCCGGUACCGACCCCGAUUCUUCCGACCCAGGUGAGCCGUGGCCUCCUGAUCUGUUGCUCCAGACUCUCGUCAAUGCCGUUCUGCAUGCCAGUCAACAUUCUCCGUCAGACUCGAGCUCUUUGGAUUUGGACGAGAAGUUGUCUUUCUGGGCAAAUCAAAAUGAAUCAGGUUGACUUUUCGAUGUAUUUUAUAUUACAAAUGUACCUCUUCUCCUGUAAAAGGCAUGUCUAUUUCUACCAAUGCACAUUUGAAGGCUUCAUUGUGAUUGCUUUCUUUCAUGCCCCCAAACUGCACUAUCGAGUACAGCCUCGUCUGACACUUUUUUCCUCGUUGCCAGCGCAUGAUCAUUAUCGAGAAUGGGCUGUAUCUGCUGCCUGUAAUACAAAGGUUCAAAUGCUCAGAACUCGAAUUGCAAUCAAAACCACUCUCAGACUUGCCAGGGCCAAUUGGUGCAUUUGGUCGCAGAGUUCUGAAGUCCUCGAUUGCGGAGCGAGGGUCGAAAAGGCGGCCGUGAAGUUGAUGUUUUGGUCUGUGUUGGGCGUAUUGUGGACGCGGAUCCGGGCUUCACAGGAUACACACACAGUCAUUGAAUUGGAGAAUGCCUGCUCAAUCAGUCUUUGCGACGUUGAAUGGUACCGGAAACUUUGA